AAUCUUCUAUCGAACUCCAAGCUGAAGAAUCUUCUAUUGAACUCCAAGAUUAUUCUCUACCAGGUUUUGAUUUUCUUGACAGUUUUGAUGAUCUACAAAAUAUCGACGAAGAAUGGAUCAUUAUAUUCAUUUUAAGAUUUCAAAUCAGAUUUCGCUUAUCAGAUACAGCAACUGACACAUUAAUCAAGUUUGUUAAACAUGUUUUAACAGAAUUGGAUCAUAAUGAUCAGUUUAAAGACUUUCCAACUUCUUUAUAUACUACAAGAAAGAAAUUGGGAUUGAAACAUCAAUUCAUCACGUUUUCAGUGUGUCCUUCGUGUCAUAAGUUGUAUAAUGUAAAUGAUGUUGAACAACACACAAUUCAAGAGCAGAAAGCGAUAAAAAGAUGUGAUCAUAUACAAUUUCUGAAUCAUCACCGUCACUUUCUUCGAAAAUGUAAUGCUUCUUUAUCAGAACAAAAAGAGCUAGGAGGUAGUAAAAUCGUUAAUUCACCAUUGUUGAUUUAUCCAAUGGCCAAUAUAAAAAAUCAACUUUUACAUAUGUAUCAAAG